AUGGCAGAAGGUGUUUUUCGUUCACUGACCAAAUCCAACUCCAGAAUUGGUCAGGUGGACUCGGCGGGCACAGGGGCAUAUCAUACUCUUGAUCCUCCUGAUGACCGAACCAUGGCCAUACUGCGGAAGCACAAUAUCACCGAUUAUGACCAUGGUGCUCGACAGGUACGGGGAGAGGACUUUGAUGAGUUUGAUUACAUAUUCGCCAUGGAUCAGCAGAAUUUGAGGGACCUACAGAGAGUGCAACGAAAGGUGGAAGGCAGAGGACAGAAGAGCAAAGCUCAACUGAUGCUCUUUGGUGAGUUUGCUGGUAGUAAGAAGCCUGAACAAGUCGGCGAUCCUUAUUACGGGGCCAACAACGGAUUUGAUACUGUCUAUGAGCAAGUCACCCGUUUCUCAAACAACUUUUUGCGACAAGUUGUGAACAAGGAUGAAUGA